AUGUAUAGAGGAUUGACUGAUGCUAUUCUCUUGGGGGAGAGGGAGGCAGCUGCACAAGGAAAAAGAAUUAUUCUUCCAUCUUCUUUUACUGGAGGUCCGCGUUACAUAAUGGGUAAUUACCAGGAUCCAAUGGCAAUUUGUAAUUGGGCUGGAUAUCCUCAACUCUUCAUAACAUUCACUUGCAAUCCAAAAUGGCCAAAGGUGACUAGAGCACUGGAAAGACAAAAAUCAAAGUUGGAAGAUCACCCAAAUAUUUUAUGCCGAGUGUUUCACAUGAAAUUAGAAGAAUUGAUGCAGGAUUUACAAAAUGGUGAUAUCUUUGGUCCUAUUAAAGCAACCUUGUAUACAAUAGAGUUUCAAAAGAGAGGUCUCCCCCAUGCUCAUAUCAUUCUAUUUCUGGCAACUGAGACCAUGCUUGAUACACCCCAAGAUAUUGACCGAUUCAUAAGUGCUGAGAUACCUAAUAAGGAUGAAGAACCAGAGCUUUAUGAGGCAGUUAGCAUUUACAUGAUGCACGGACCUUGUGGCGUAGCUAAUCCUAAAUCCCCAUGUAUGGUGAAUGGAAGCUGUUCAAAAUUUUAUCCAAAAUCAUUCAAUUCUAGCACCAUUAUCCAUGAAGAUGGCUACCCGCGUUAUAGAAGACUAGAUAAUGGCCAAGAAGUAAUGAAAAAUGGAAUACCAUUGGACAAUAGAAGUGUCAUACCUUACAACAGCACGUUAUUAUUAAAGUAUCAGGCACAUAUUAAUGUUGAGCGAACCAAGCAUGGAGAGUCAAUCAAAUAUUUAUUCAAAUAUGUGAGCAAAGGACAUGAUCGAGCUAUUGCAGCUUUCUAUACAGAGACGUCUUCAAGUGAUUCUAGAGCAAACCAUGAUGAGAUAAAGAUGUAUUAUGAUGUCCGCUAUUUAUCACCAUGUGAAGCUGUUUGGAGAAUACUUAGUUAUGAUAUAAACUUUAGAACACCUUCAGUACAAAGGCUGUCUUUUCAUCUCCCUAAUCAGCAAUCAAUUAUCUAUGAAGAUAACGCUGACUUACAAGAGGUGGUAAAUCAUAAUGCUGGAAAACUCACAAUGUUUGAAGCAUGGAUGAAUGCAAAUAAAUUAUAUGGGGAAGCACGAAGAUUAACAUACUCUGAAUUUCCAAACAAGUUUGUGUACAAAAAAAAUGGUUAUUACUGGGACUUCAGGAAAUCGGGGUUUGCAAUAGGGAGAUUGUACUAUGUGCCUCCUGGGUCUGGAGAGAUCUAUUAUUUGCGUUUACUGCUAGCUACAGUCAGAGGUCCUACAUCAUAUGAAGAUUUAAGGACUGUUGAUAGCAUUCUCUAUCCAACAUUUAGAGAUGCAUGCUAUGCAUUGGGCCUAUUGGAGGAUGACAAAGAAUAUAUUGAUGCUAUGAAAGAAGCAAAUCAAUGGGCUUCUCCAAGUUAUCUUCGUCGUAUGUUUUCAAUCUUAUUAUUGUGCAACUGCAUAUCUCGACCAGAAAUUGUAUGGGAGCAUACAUGGAGAUUCAUGGCUGAAGACAUCACAUACAUGCAACGACAAUUAACUGGUUAUACAGGUCUUAUAUUGAGCAACACUGAACUACACAAUCAUGCUUUAUUAAAAAUUGAAGAACUAUUGAAAAUUCAUGGCAAAAACCUUCAAGAUUAUCCAUCCAUGCCUUUACCAGAAGAUUGUUCUGAUAGAAGUACAAUAAAUAGAUUGAUUUUGGCUGAGUUGGACUUUGAUAGAGUUGCACUUCAACAUCAACUGCAUGAAUAUCUCAAUAGUUUCACUGAUGAACAAGCCAUAUUCAAUUCUAUCAUGAAUGCUGUUAAUACGGGUUGUGGUGGUGUCUUUUUUGUUUAUGGUUAUGGGGGGACAGGUAAAACAUACUUAUGGCAAGCAUUGUGUGCGUCACUGAGAUCAGAAGGAAAGAUAGUCUUGAGUGUUGCUUCCAGUGGAAUUGCCUCACUAUUAUUACCCAAUGGAAAAACUGCACAUUCACAAUUUGCCAUUCCCCUUGCAAUAACUGAGGAUUCGGUUUGUAAUAUACGUCAGGGAUCACCUCUUGCUGAGCUUUUGAUAGAAACCACCAUGAUAAUAUGGGACGAAGCUCCUAUGGCAAACAAGUACUGUUUUGAGGCAUUGGAUAGAACACUGCGAGACAUAAUGAAGCUUCCAAACCCCAAUGCUGUAAAUCAAGUGUUUGGGGGAAAGACAAUUGUCCUUGGUGGCGAUUUUAGACAAAUUUUACCUGUUAUACCAAGAGGUAGUCGAGAGGAUAUUGUGUUCACCUCUAUCAAUGCAUCUUACAUAUGGAAUGAUUGCAAAGUAUUUACACUAACCAAAAAUGUAAGGCUGACUACAGGUAAUUCGUCACAGUGUUCUAAGGAAAUAGCUGAGUUUGCACGCUGGAUUGUGUCGGUUGGUGAUGGUGAAAUAGAUGUAGAAGAUGGCACUAAUGAUACCAUUACUAUUCCAGAAGAUUUGUUACUAUUCCCCUCAGGUGAUGCAAUGGAUUGCAUUAUUGGUAAUACAUAUCCAAAUUUACUUAAUAAUCGGGAUGAUAAAUCUUAUUUCAAAAACCGUGCAAUACUAACAUCCAACUUAUCAACAGUUGAUGAUGUUAAUAAUCAUAUGCUUUCAAUGUUACCAGGGGAUGAAGUUGUGUAUCUAAGUGCAGAUAGUGUUUCUAAGCAAGAUGGUAUUAGUGCCUCCAUUGCACAAAUGCACUCAGUUGAGUUCUUGAACAAAAUCACCAUGUCUGGUUUGCCAAAUCACAAAUUGGUCUUGAAGAUUGGAUCUCCUAUAAUGAUGAUGAGGAAUUUAGAUAAAUCAAUAGGAUUAUGUAAUGGAACCCGUUUGGUUGUCACAAGAUUAGAGAAACAUGUGAUGGGAGCAGAGAUUAUCACAGGGAUUGGUACAGGCCAAGAAGUCUUAAUUCCACACAUUACUAUUACACCAUCAGAAACUUCAUUACCAUUUGCAUUGUGUAGAAGACAGUUUCCAAUCAUGCUCUCUUUUGCCAUGACAAUAAACAAAAGUCAGGGUCAAACUGUAACAAAUGUUGGCUUAUUUCUACCUCGUCCUGUUUUCACACAUGGUCAGUUGUAUGUUGCUAUCUCUAGAGUUCAAAAUAAGCAGGGUCUCAAAAUACUGAUUCUUGAUGAUCAAGGAAACCCCACCAACAAGACUUCCAAUGUAGUUUUUAAAGAAGUUUUCUACAAUCUAUCUCUUUGA